AUGGAGAUCAAGAGAACCAAAGGAAGGAAACCGUUCUUGGCACAUCCACUAUGCCCAGAAAAUGAGGCACCCAACUGGAACGUAAAUUGUUCUCAUGAAGGCAAGUGGGUUGUAAUGGCCAGUGAAGGUCAUGUAAUUGCUGGCAUUGACGUGGCAGAGUUGCGGCGAACGCGAAGGGAUGGAGAACCCAUAGACUUCCACGAUGUGUUCAAGGACAAUCUGACUUUCAAAGAGUGGGAAUAUGUAAAGACUCAUGGACCUUGUCCAGACAAGGAGUAUGAGGCCUUCUCCCGCUUUUGGUCAGCCAAAGAGGCCUUUGUGAAAGCACGAGGAGAUGGCCUUGCUUAUCCUCUUGGGAAGGCUGAAUUCCAUUGGAAGCCGCUCGAUGGCUAUGAACUUGGAACUGCUUUUGAGGGGGAUGUUCACAUUGAAGGCGCACACAGCCCCAAGUGGAGAUUUGUGCAGUACAGGAUGCCUGGAGAUUCACCUCAUUGGACAACUGUGGGGAGGGGUCCGUUGACAGACAUCGUGGAUGCGCACGGGGAGUUUAAGAAGACUCUACGAAAGCCGCAAGAGCUUUUUUCUGAUCAUGAGUGGGAGGCCCACUUGAACUCACACAGCCCACACUUCGACGUUUUGCCAAUAAGCGCCCUAGUUCCUCAGGACCGUUUGCCAAUUCCGCUGCACAAUUCGCACCUGUUUUGUUCUGUGCUCACAACUGCAACCUCUACUCGGCUGCCCCCUAGCCCUAGACAUAAGAACUUAGACUUACAUACAUCAACACGACACAGAACAGAAUAUGUGUCUUUUGUUUUGCAUUGGGCAGCACCGUUGUGUGACGACUCAUCCUUUGGAAUGAUUGCCGUUUGUCCAGUUCCUCCUAUGAAAAUGCAUCAAAGUUCGCACCGUUGCUUUGUUUGCUGA